GCUCCAAGUAAACAGCUGACGUAUGAGUAUGAGAAAAAACGAGAAAAACAAAUAGUCAGUGAGAUAAAUACGUGUUAGAUUUGCGGCAUAAAACGUUAGACAAUUCAAUUGUGAUUGGCAUCAGCGAUAUGGAAACACCGACCGCCGAUGAUUUGCUACAGUUUCGCGACUACAGCGCAACAAAUAGCGGCGCACCAGCACAAAUCAAUGUGAACUCGCCAACGCAUGCAACUGGCGGUGGCGGUGGUAUUGGUAGCGGCAACUUUAACGCACAGCGCCAACGUGGUGAUCCACUGGCCGAUCUUAUCUAUGAUAUGAGUAAUACGGCACAGUCGAUGACUGGCGGUGGAGGCGGUGGCUCUGGCGGUGGCUCUGGUGGUGCACAAGGCGCCUCAACGGAUGCGGCAGCUGGCGGUGCACGUCUCUCCUUUCUGACCAUCGAAUACUAUCAGCAAUUCUUUAACGUGGACACAUAUAUGGUGAUGGAGCGUAUUGUCAACUCGAUGAUACCAAAACGCGCGGCUGCCAACUAUUUGCGCAUGAACAUUGGCGAGAAUCCGGAUUUGUAUGGUCCCUUCUGGAUAACCAUAACGCUGAUCUUCUCGAUUGCGAUUAGUGGUAACAUUGCCAGCUAUUUGCAGCAGGCAAAUGAAAAGUACCACUGGCAUUAUAAUUUCCAUCUGGUCUCUUAUGCUGCCACCUGCAUAUUUUUAUAUGCCAACAUUCUGCCAGCCAUUCUCUGGGCACUCUUUAAGUAUAGUCUCAAGCCGGUGGAUCAAGCGGAUGCCGUUGAAACGGACAGUGCGAGCUACACGCCCACUUUGUUGUCCCUCAUGUGCAUCUAUGGCUACAGUUUGGCCAUCUAUAUACCCGUUUCCAUACUCUGGGUCAUCAAUAUAUCAUUAUUACAGUGGCUGCUGGUUAUAACGGCCGCAAUGCUCUCUGGCACCGUGCUGAUUGCCGUGCUCACUCCUGCGCUACGCAAUUCACAGUAUUCCCUAUUUCUUAUCAUUGGCAUACUCAGUGCUCACGUUGUUCUGGCUGCCGGAUUUCUGCUUUACUUCUUCCAUAGUCCACCCGAUCCUUUGACGGGUCUCAAGAUGACACCGCCACCACCCGUUAAUGCCAUACAAAAGAUGGUCACCCAAGUAGUGUCCGGAGAUCUGCCGCCGUCUAAUCAAACGGGCUAGAUAAUAUAUACAUUCCUGUGCAAAUUACAGGCGACAAAUAUACUUUUUUUUAAUAAUAUCUGUUGUACAUUAAGUUCCACGUUUUUUUAUCUUUCCCUAUUUCCUUGGUCUGACAAAUAUAUCUACAUGGAUGCAUAUAACGAGAUGAUACACCGGAUGCAGCCAGAACUGCAGCUGUACUUUAAAUAAAUUCUUAAUUGUUAGUCUA